AUGAAUAAAAUUAUUUUCUGCAGUGAAGAAGCUUCAUCUGAAGGGUUGGACGAAUCGCAGACACCAUGUCCGGAUGUUCAGUGUCCAGAUCGAACGCCGCCUCCCGAUUCCUCCAGCGACAAGGAGGAUGCGCACGCGGUUCGACAUCCUCACCCCGAGUCCGGCUUGACCUCUGACCCCCUGAACGAGAUUCCCAAGGAUCAGCCGGCUCUGUACGGCACUCUGAAUGCUCACGGCGUCACACUCAUGCACGGAUUACCCUUCCACCCGUCCUUUCCCUCCCGGACCUACUUACCCGAGAACUGCUACACGCUGCCGCUCCACCGGGACAGUUUCGUCCGCGGCGGUGCUUCCAAACCGGAUCAAGAGGGCACAGACCUGCGCUCCGCCGUGCAUCACAUGAGGCCGACACUGGACCUCACGGCAGACGAGCACCUGGGGCCGCUGCCGCUGCACGCGUAUUUCCAGGACCUGUACCGCACGCAGACGCUCAUCCCGCAGAAACGCGCCAGCAUGGUGAGCCUCGACACCAUCCGCAAGGAUCCGCGCUGGCGGGACCCGAACCUGCGGGAGGUCAUCUCCAUGUUGAGCCACCCCAUGGACCCGGUGAAGUCCAACGCCGCCGCGUAUCUGCAGCACCUCUGCUACGAGAACGACACGGUCAAGCAGGACAUCCGUCAGCUCAGAGGAAUCCCCGUCCUGGUGGGGCUCCUGGAUCAUCCCAAAGCCGAGGUCCACCGCAAGGCCUGCGGUGCGCUGAGGAACAUCUCCUUCGGCCGAGACAACUUCAACAAGGUGGCCAUCAAGAACUCAGACGGCAUUCCUGCGCUGCUGAGACUCCUGAGGAGAUCCGACGACGUGGAAGUCCGAGAGCUCGUCACAGGAACGCUGUGGAAUAUCUCCUCCCAUGAGCCUCUGAAGAUGAUCGUCAUCAACCACGGCCUGCAGACGCUGACCGACGAGAUCAUUAUUCCUCACUCGGGUUUGAGAGGAGACCCGAACGACCCGGCCCGACCCGGGGACCCGGAGUGGAACACGGUCUUCAAGAACACUUCAGGAUGCUUGAGGAACGUGAGUUCAGACGGAGCUGAAGCUCGACAGAGACUGCGUGAGUGUGACGGGCUGGUGGACGCUCUGCUGCAUGCGCUCUAUUCUGCUGUCGCCAAGAGGGACAUAAAUAACAAAUCGGUGGAGAACUGCGUCUGUAUCUUGCGUAAUCUGUCGUAUCACGUGCAUAAGGAGGUUCCUGGAGCCGAGAAAUUCCACAUCCAAGCAGCCAAUCACAGCGCGAAAUCAGGAGGACAACAUAAGAAGAAGGACGAGCCGGACUGCUUUGGAGGACGAACAACCAAAGAAGAAUGGUUCCAUCAGUGCAAACGACACGGAGCCGGAGAGAAGAAGAGCGGCGGUGUGGAUCUGUCCAAGAGGAGUCUGCCGAUGAAAGGCCUGGAGCUUCUGUACCAGCCGGAGGUGGUCCGACUCUACCUGUCACUUCUCAAGCUGAGCCAGAAUCACAACACGCUGGAGGCGGCGGCCGGAGCUCUGCAGAACCUGUCAGCUGGACACUGGGCCGUGAGUCACACCAGAGACACAGUGACUGACCAUCUCCAAUCGGUGCGCGAGACCAAAGCCGCGUCACACCUCCUGCAGACGGUUUGGACCUAUAAGGAUUUGCGACACACUCUGUAUAAGGCCGGCUGGAACAAAACACACUUCAAGCCAGCCGUCUCUGGCCUGCCCAAAAAACAGAAGAACGCCAAGCAAGGGAACGAUGACAUCACACUGCCCUUAAUGGAGAAGAACCAAGAUGGAUACUGCACUGUCGAUCAGGCAGAGCGAGCAGGAGACGCUCCGUGUCACAUGAUCGAAAGAGAAACUUUUCAGGGUGUGAAUGAUAAGAGGCAUUUCAUCAGGACCAGCAGGCCAGCGGUCGGUUUAGUGGAGCGAACCCCGCAGCCGCUGGACUCAUGGGUCUGAUCCGGCUCACGGUUGGAGAUCCACUUUCAGACCUGCAUUUAGACUGACAUUAUCAGCCUUCAGCACAAUUCACCACAGAAUCAAACGAGAGAAAUACUCCAUAUCAUACCUGUUCCUGUCCACAUCGAAAGAGAGGAAUCGUGUCCGAUCUGUCUGGAAGUGGAAUUUGACUCUUUGCUGCUUUGGCAAUCUUCACUGUUAAACUCAAGAUUCAUGAUGAUGUGACGAGUCAUUUAUUGAUUGUUUAACAUCUGAUCAUACAUCAUAUUACGAUCUUGUGUUGUUUCUAUUGCUUACUUUUUGUUGAUGAGUCUCUAAACUGUAUAAUAGUGUUCCAAUCACACAGACAAUUUCAGUUCUGUAUCUAAAGUUUUAUGCAUAAAAGAAACAAUUAAGAAUAUUAAUAGGUUACUGGGACUGGGAAAGCAAAACUACUUAUUAUAGCCUAUAUCAGAGAUUUUAACGCAUUCAUACUGAAUUU